AGUCCACUCCGCUCGCACCGUCGGUUUCUCUCCGGGUCCUAUUAAAAUUCCCAAUUCCUCCUCCUCUUCCUCCUCCUCCAAAACCCCGCCGAAACCCUACCCCUAAAAAAAAUUCCCACAAUGUCGUCGACCAACACCCCCAACCUCGAGUGCCGCAUGUACGAGUCCAGGUAUCCGGAGGUCGACAUGGCCGUGAUGAUCCAGGUCAAGAACAUCGCCGACAUGGGGGCCUACGUCUCCCUCCUCGAGUACAACAACAUCGAGGGCAUGAUCCUCUUCUCCGAGCUCUUCAUGGUCCUCCGCGUCGACAAGGACAAGGGCUACAUCGACCUCUCCAAGCGCCGCGUCUCCGAGGAGGACAUCCAAGGUUGCGAGGAGCGCUACAACAAGUCGAAGCUCGUCCACUCGAUCAUGCGUCACGUCGCCGAGACGAUGGUGCUGGAUCUUGAGGAUCUCUAUGUUCAUGUCGGGUGGCCGCUUUAUAGGAAGUACGGGCACGCGUUCGAGGCGUUUAAGUUGAUUGUGACGGACCCGGACUCGAUCCUUGAUGGGCUGACGAGGGAGGUGAAGGAGGUGGGGCCGGACGGGAAGGAGGAGACGAGGGAGGUGAAGGAUGCGCUGGUGAAGAAUAUUAGGAGGAGGAUGACGCCGCAGCCGCUGAAGAUUCGGGCGGAUGUUGAGAUGAAGUGCUUUCAGUUCGACGGGGUCUUGCAUAUUAAGGAGGCUAUGAAGAAAGCAGAGGCGGCUGGAAAUGAUGAUUGCCCGGUGAAGAUAAAGUUGGUUGCGCCGCCUCUUUAUGUUUUGACCACACAUACUCUUGACAAGGAACAAGGGAUAACAGUUCUUAACAAUGCUAUAAAGGCUUGCACUGAAGCCAUAGACUUCCACAAGGGGAAACUGGUAGUGAAGGAGGCAGCGAGAGCGGUGAGUGAGCGAGAUGAUAAGCUUCUUGCUGAGCACAUGCUUAAACUAUCGUCUGCAAAUAAAGAAGUUGAUGGCGAUGAAGGUUCUGAGGAGGAGGAGGAAGAUACAGGAAUGGGUGAAGUUGACCUUGACAAAUCUUCUGGUAUAACAGAGUAAACUUAUAAAAGCAAAAAGGGUUUGGAAAGUGGAUAAACUUCAACAAAUUAUGUCCUUGUUUGAGAGCAAUAGAUGUAUAGAACAGAGUAGAGUUGAGUAUUGCGUUUGUGAGCAUCUUCAACGUUUUUCUGGAUGUGGCGGCUGGGAUGUUGGCUUCUUUCCCCAAUUUGUCUGGAGAAUACUUUAAUCUUUGAUUACAAUUUUGUAUUUUGUAUUUUUUGGUUAAACUCUGUUUGACUAUUAUGAUAAUGUUAUUGCGGUGACUUUUAUGGUAGCAGGAAGUCCAUUUGCUUUA